AACAAACCUGGAUACUCAAGACUUCACCCACCUCCCCGAAGUGCCUUUCCGCUGUCACUCGCCAAGAUGCCCAAAGGAUUCCUGGUAAAACGAAACAAGAAAUCUGCACAUGUUUCCUACAGGACUCGGUCAGACGAAGAUGACCUCCAGGAGCCACCCACCCCAGCUGCCUUGCCGAGUCAGGCGGACCCCUCCCCGCCGAUGUCCGUGGCGUCCAGUCCGGACCGCGCCGCAGCAUCGCCGGAUUUCACAGCAGCUGACGCGCCGGUGCCAAGACUGGAGAAGCCGGCACAGUUCGGGAACCCAGAGGCGGUUUGCCAAGCCCUCUACAGCCCCACCCGGCCCAUCAGCAAGGAGCACGACAGGGGAUAUUUUGAGCGAAGUUUCAAUCUAGGCUCGCCUAUUUCUGCCGAGUCAUUCCCGACACCUGCCUCCCUCUCCGGCCUGGACCAUCUCCUGUACGCCCCGGUCGACCUGAAAAUCGGUACCAGCAACAGCAGCCGCAGCGGCACCACCAGCAGCCUCCCGGCACCAAGCAACCGGGUCGGCACCAAAAGACCCGCAGCUGACGGUACAGAGCGCAAAUCUAAACCCGCCUCCAAAAAACCCAAAGCCAUUAGAAAACUCAACUUUGAAGACGAGGUGACGACUUCUCCCGUGCUUGGUCUCAAAAUCAAAGAGGGGCCGGUGGAGAUGAAGCCAAGGGCGCAGUCCUCCGGAGGAAACAAGCCUUUGGGGGAGUUUGUGUGUCAGCUGUGCAAGGAGGCGUACGCGGAUCCCUUCUCUCUGGCUCAGCAUAAGUGCUCCCGCAUUGUCAGGGUCGAGUACCGUUGUCCCGAGUGCGAUAAGAUGUUCAGCUGCCCGGCCAACCUUGCCUCUCACCGCCGCUGGCACAAACCCCGGACCACCGGCGCACCGGCGAUGCCACCCGCACAGGGCAUCAAACCUGAAAUGGCCAAAAUGCCACCGCUAGGUGUCAAGUCAGUCUCCGACGAAGCCAAAGACAUGAGUGACAGAGACACCCCGAGUCCAGGUCUGUCCGAGUCGGGCUCUGAAGAUGGCUCAUAUGACUGCCAGUUCUGCGGGAAGAGGUUUAAGCGACAGGCAUACCUAAGAAAACACAUCAUGGGACACCAGGCCUUGCAAAAGAAAGUGCUGGAGGAAUCAUCAUCAUCCUCCUCCUCCUCCUCCUCCUCCUCCUCAGAAGAAGCCUCAAACCAAAGCCCUCUCAAUCUGAGCCCAGUGGACUGCCUGCUGUGCCCGGUGUGCGGGGAGAGUUUCACCAGCAGGGCCGGCCAGGAGCGACACCUGCGCCUCAUGCACUCCUCCCAGAUUUACCCGUGCAAAUACUGCCCAGCCACUCUGUACAGCUCGCCGGGGCUCACCAGGCACAUAAACAAGUGCCACCCCUCGGAGAACAGGCAGGUGAUCCUGCUCCAAAUGCCGGUGCGCCCCGCCUGCUAA